UACUGAUUAUUGAUCUGUCACUGUGGUGAUGGAGGUUUGAUGAGAAGACAUGUGGACAAGCUACAAACACAAAUGCCAUGUGACAAUGUCAGUGGGUUUCACACAGUGGGAGCCCCUGCCUGUGUGCUGCCGGGUCCUUGCCACUCUUCUGCCUUAUUGCUUGACAUCAGGAUGUCAUCUUUACUGAGAGGAAUUUGAUCCCUGAAACAUUUUUUUGAAGCUGGAUAUAUAUUUUUUUUUACGUGAUGUGGACCUAAUCUCUCUCUUCUACAGAAUGAUACAAUACCCGACAGCUGUGGGAUCUUACAAACUAUUACUACAAGACCAUUCCACAAGCGUUUGCCAACAAUAAUGAACACAAAUUCUGCACCAUCUUACCAGGUCACUGUGUUUUCGGGCCGGCUGACCCGCCAUGACUGAGAUGCAGACGUUCUACCACAACGUGCGUCGGCCUGCGGGCCUCUACCUGGAGCCCACCUUGAUGCAGAGACGCGUCCUGGAAGACCAGGUGGAGCUGUGGUGGUUCAGAGAGCCACGCCUCUCCUUGCUCUGCUACUGUGCCUCAGUGGCCCUCAUUAUGGGGCUGGGCCUUGGCGGCGUAGGCCUCCUCUCCACGACCAAGAGCCUGUCUGGAGAGUGGAGACUCGGGGUGGGCACCACCCUCUGCCUCUUAGCCCUCGCUGUCCUGCUCAAGCAGCUCCUCAGCUCUGCCAUCCAGGACAUGAACUGCGUGCGCAGCCAGCAUCGCAUCAACCAGCUGAAGAGCGGCGGGAGGGCUGACCCGGUGCUGAUUCUUGCUGUGGGGUUGGCCGUGAUGCUCUGUGGGACAGUGCUGCUCUGCAUGGCCACAAUCGGCCAACGAGGUCACGACAGCAGGGAGAUGUUGGUGUCUGGGUUGGCGCUGAUGGCUGCUGGGAUCGUCAUGGCAGUGGCUGUUGUGGGCUACGGUGUGAUGAUCUACCUUAAGAAGCAAAGGGAGCAGAGGAGGAGGAGGAUGAUGAGGAUGAGCAGAGUGAGGAGGGUGGGGAGUCGAGCUGUCCUGGUGUUCAGUGUCUCAGGGGGACAGGCGAGCCAAGUCAGGGGAGACAUGUCUUCCAGCAGGACAAGCCUGAUCUGAAUGAGCUUAAUGGGCAGAAACAUUCAGAAAAAGAUUUUCUGUGAAAGGAAGAAAACAUGAAAUCUAAUGUGUGUUAAAGGAAAGUAGAAAUUACAAGGGAGGAAUUUAGGAUGUGCAGGAUCAUCAGCACCACACUCAAGACAUCAGACCUUCUUUGUUCUAGUCUUUGUGUUUCCAUUAUCAAAAACAAACUGGUGACUGAGGAUCAUCAUCGACUCAUAUACUUACACAUUAUAUGUCCAGCAAUGACUCAGAAAAACAUUUUACUGUCUGAGAUUCUGAGAGGUUGAAAAUAAACUCAGUAAGUGUUCACAUUAAAUCAAAACAUCACUGUGUUGGAUGUGUUUUGUUAGUUUCAGGCUGGAAACUUACAUUUUAAAAUGAGUGAUGGUGGAAUUUCAAUCAGAACUGAGUUGAAAAUGAUGUUCUCUCCUCUGUUGCUGAUUCACAACUAAAAUAUCAACAUGUCAAAUCUUUACUUGCGAAAAGUGGAAUCAAUAAGUGGAAUCAAGUUUAAUCAUCAGCAGAGCAGGAACAACAACUAUCAACUGCAGGGUGCAAAUGUGUCACCAAACAAAAGGAUAUGAAACUUACUCAUUACAGAUUUUAGCUUUAAUUAGAGCAGACAACAUUUUGACUUAUCAGUUCUGUGAGAAAAAAGCAAACAGAACAAACUUCAAACUAGUCAGUAUAUAGGCAGAAAGGAUGGCAGCAAAUCCUGUGUGCGAAUCAUUUUAACUCAAAUGAACUCAGUGACAAGCAGUAACAUUUUUCAAGGCGGCCGUGAAUUGAAAAUAAAAGAGUUCAGAGACACAUAUAUGUUUUCUU